CAUGGCCAUUGGAUUUCCUUUAGUGCGUGUGUUUUAAGAUAUUGUUUUAAAUAUGUUUGUUAUCGCGACUUUUAUUUUGAAUUUUUUUUUAUUGCUGCGUUAUAUCCGAUUUCACAUCCAGGGCACGCUUAAGGCACAUGUCUGCCGGGUGAAUAUCUAUAAGAAUGAGCAAGAAACAGACAGCAUAGGUUUGUCAGGGCAGAUUCAGGAUGUCACACAAGAAGCUUUACAGAUGGUUGCGACGGGGAUCAACACUACUUGCGAUGAGAUUUCCUCAUUUGGUCUAUACAACUACACCAAACCUCAUGCUCUACAGACGAAGGACUGUGAACUUAGCUGGCACGCACCGGAUGGUACUGUGCUGGGACAUGGAGACUUUCUGAUUCGUCAGGUCUGUGACACUGGCAUUCGCCUCAUUGCACGCUGUUUUAACACACAUGCAAGUGGACUGAAGGAGUUCGUGUAUAAUGUUGUCAACAGCACCAUAUCACCCCCUGAUGCUUCUGAAACUGCUGAGGAACAAGCAGGUUUUGGUGGCAGCAGUACCAGCAUCAGCACCAUCUCUGUGACUGUGUCCUUGGUUGUGUUUGUUGGAGUCCUGUGUGCAUUUGUGUGCUACAGAAGAAGGAAGAAGGUUAAAGGCUGGUGGACAAAGAUGUACAAUGGUGUAUUUGGAAGAGCGAGUGAAAACCCUGUGAUGGGUUGGCACUCCGUCCAGGGUGUAUCCUGCCUUGAUGCCCGAUGACGCCUGAGAUAGGCACAGGCUCCCCGUGACCCGAGCACUGUCCUGUGAAGAUUCCAGUUUGACCUCAGCGCCUCCAUCCAGCCUGCUGUCUUCCUGUCAUCGCACUUUUCUUUCUGUUCCUGCACUUUAAUAUUUAGAACACUUUUUAUUCCCAGAAGAAAUUAUUGAUUGCAUCAACUGAGGCCUUUUUUUUUUAAAAAAAAGUUUUUUAAAUUUUUAAUCUGAUCAAUGCAAUUUUAUAUUUCACCUUUUUUAACCUUUUCUUAGCAGCAUUUUGGCAUAAAACACUUUUAUAUGCAUUACUUCACUCAUUAUAAUGUUUUUUGCUGCAAUGAUGAAAAUCAACAUGUCAAAAGCCAAAGUACAUCAAAACAAUGUCCUUUUACUAGUAAUUAGUUUAAAUCACACUUUAUUCUGUGUGUGUGUGUGUGUGUGUGUGUGUGUGUGUGUGUGUGUGUGUGUGUGUGUGUGUGGUGCAAAUGCAAGCCAUUUGUUGUUUUAUCCUUUUCCCAUUCCAUUUUUAAGAUAACUCCUGGUUCUCAUUCCACUUCUUUAUUUGCACUGUAUUAAAUAGAACCUUGGUUAUGACAAUUACAAACUAUAAUACUGUCUAUUGUUUACUCAGUGACUUCUAUGUGUAUGUACAUCUAUUAACAUAGGAGUCUUAAUUAUGCCCAAAAAUGAAUUAUACUUUGGAACAGAAUAAAUGGAAAAUAAAGUGCAUGUGUUUUAAUCUUUA